GCCAGUUCAACCUUGAACGUGAAAGCAUACACACGCUGCAUUGAAAAAAAAACGCGAGUGAACUUAUGACUUGUGACAUUUGACAUUUAUCAUUUUGACACUGACGUCACGAUGGCGUCCAAGAAAAUAUUUUUGAUAAUAUUCAUGUUAUAUAUUAGUAAUGUACGCAGUGAUAGUUUAAUUGAGAGAUCUUAUGAGUAUUUUAAGGGUUUAAGUAAAAAUGUAGCACCUAGUUUGAUGUCCAUUUUGAACUGUUUUGGUGAAGAUGACGCUUGGGUGUGUGCGAAGGAAAAGGCGGGAAGAAUUCUUGACAGCUGGGAUGAGGAGGUCAACAAACAAAGGAGGUCGUGGCAAGAGGAGGCUGACAAGGAAGUGACGUCAUCGGGGAGGUCGUUUGAGGAGAUGCCGUCAAAACUGGGCCAAGAGAUCGAGGGUGCCCUGGUAUCAGCUAGUGACCUCGUACAGCACUCCAUGGCGAGAGCGCUGUCUAAGAGGCAUGAUGGUAUAGACAGCGUCAGCAUAGAAACAGACAGCAAGAAGAGAAUGGAGAAGAACAGGCCACAGAAGAGCCAGCUGGUCCAGAAGAACGGGAAAGGCGUUAGGAAUUUCAGGAAUGGGAGAGGAUUGUUGGGUGAUGUCUGGGAUUUGGGUGAAAAAGCCCUGGAUGCUGUAGCUGAUCAUGCUAUAGAGAGCGACAAUCAAGAAAACGGUCUCGUAGACAGGAGUUCAGUUGAAGAACAGAGAGGUAAAAAGAAGAAGAAAAAGAAGGCCAUCUUGAAGCUGCUUAUCCUUGGUGCUGUACUGAAAGCGAAAAUCGGAACCUUGCUACAGAUACUGUCUUUUAAAUUGCAGGUGAAAUUCUUUAUAAUCGCGCUCAUCGGACUCGGAAUAAACCUGGCGAGGUUCUGGGUGGAGCUGAAGAACAAACACCAGCAACAGCCUCAAAAGGUAAUCUAUUACGAACACGCUCAGCAUCAGCACCACUACGAGCACGAGGAAGAGCCAGGCUGGGGACCCUGGUCCAGGAGUAUAGAACCGGAGGAAAACGAAGGCGAGUUGGGCGUCAAAAAUUCGCCUUACAGAGGUCAAGAGAACAACGCACAGUCAUACCCGACGAGACCCCUCCUAACACUGUCAUGAGUUAAUUAUAUUAAGAGCUAAGUUUAAUCUAAACCUUUCGUUAUAUUUGUCGUUCUGUUUAUUUUGUAUGGUGUUAAUUUAUUGUAUGAAUGGAAUAUUAAAUUAUUAUUUUUUUAA